AGUAAAAGGGUAUAUCGGUAAUAGUAAUAUUGAUCGGUUUAGUUUUGGUCGGCCGAACUUAAACAGACGAAUAAGAACAGAGGAAGGAGAGACAGUAGUUUCUAAUUUCGAGAAAAGGAAAAGAAAAAUCAAAUAGAGAGAGAUUAAUUUCUUCCUUAAAGCAAAGCGUCCAACUUUCUUCUUCUCCUUCUUCCUCACACACACCCUCUUGUCUCCAUUAGACUCGUUUUCUACGAUUUUUCUCCUCUUCAAAAACUCGUAUAAAUUGUACAUAGUUUAGGCUUUGUUCUGUUCUUCCUCUGUAUAAAAGUUCCUUGUACAACUCAAAAUCCAUCUGGGUUUCGUGUUAGAAUUUGUGGGUUUUGAGUAAAUCUGUUUGUUUCAAUAGAAAAAAGGUGACUUUGAUUCCCGGGAAAUUUGACGAAUUUUGGGAGCUAAUUCUGGGAAUUGCACAUAGUUUCUGGUUAUUUUUUAUUCUUUGAUUUCUGAACAAAAAAAAAAAAAAAACUGAACCUUCGGAUUCUAAACCAGAACCAACGAGCUCCAAUGGUGGUGGCGACGACUAUAGCUCUUUACGCGAGCCCACCAAGCAGCGUUUGUUCCACGCCACAUCAGAUCUCAUGUGAUCUCGAUCUGACCUCCAGGAGUUCGUCAACAUCCCCUUCCAUGGUUUCCUCGCCGCAGAAACCAAUCGUCGGUGGUCUCUCUUCACUUUUCUCCGGCGCAUCCGUCAAAUCUUCAGCUUCCUCUUGCUCAUACUCAACCGGAGUAGAUGAGUUUUCUUCAGUACGCUAUGAUCGGAGUGAUGAUUUAAAAGAUCUGAGCUUGAGCAGCUCCUUUUGUUAUUCUCCGGCGAAAUUUGUGAAUUCUUCGUAUCUUAGACGAGAUCUUCAAAGUCCUAUCUCUGUGCUUCACGGUCCAGUUUCUUGUAGUUGUAGCCCUCCGAUGAGAAUGUCUCGUGAUCGGAAUCUAGAUGGCUCGUUUCGUUUAGGAGCUAGUGGAUUGUUCAAUGGUUUCGUAAGGAAAGCUCUAGGAUCAUGUGUGGAUUACGAAUUGGGAUCGGAUUCUGUUCUCGUUGAUGAGCUAACGUUUCCUAUGGAGGAUGGUUUUGGGGUUGAUACGAGAAAGCCAUAUGCUAGGGAUUUGUUAAGACGUGCUCAAUUGAGACACAAGAUCUUCAAAGAUGAGUCUGUGAUCAAAGCAUUUUAUGAAGCAGAGAAAGCUCACAGAGGACAGAUGAGAGCUAGUGGUGAUCCUUACCUUCAACAUUGUGUUGAGACUGCUAUGUUGUUGGCUAAUAUCGGAGCUAGCUCGACUGUUGUUGUUGCUGGGCUUCUUCAUGAUACUAUGGAUGAUUCAUUCAUGAGCUAUGAUUAUAUUCUCAGAAACUUUGGAGCAGGAGUGGCUGAUUUGGUCGAAGGGGUUUCAAAGCUUAGCCAAUUGAGCAAACUCGCUAGAGAGAACAAUACGGCGUGUAAAACCGUUGAAGCAGAUCGAUUGCACACAAUGUUUCUUGCAAUGGCAGAUGCAAGAGCUGUUCUUAUAAAACUGGCUGAUCGAUUACACAACAUGAAGACGCUUUACGCUUUGUCCCCAGUGAAGCAGCAGAGGUUUGCUAAAGAGACGCUGGAAAUAUUUGCACCGUUGGCUAAUCGUUUGGGAAUCUCUACCUGGAAAGUUCAGCUUGAAAAUCUUUGUUUCAAGCAUCUUUACCCAAACCAGCAUAAUGAGAUGUCAACCAUGCUUGAGGAUUCAUUCGACGAAGCCAUGAUUACUUCUGCAAUAGAGAAAUUGGAGCAAGCUCUUAAGAAAGAAGGCAUUUCUUAUCAUGUUCUGUGUGGCCGGCACAAGAGCUUGUAUAGUAUUUACAGCAAGAUGUUGAAGAAAAAGCUAACUGUGGAUGAAAUUCAUGACAUUCAUGGGUUACGUUUGAUUGUUGACAACGAAGGAGAUUGUUACAAGGCCUUAGGAGUAGUUCAUAGCUUAUGGUCUGAAGUUCCUGGAAAGCUGAAGGAUUACAUAACUCAUCCCAAAUUCAACGGGUAUCAAUCUUUGCACACGGUAGUGAUGGACAAUGGAACAGUCCCACUUGAAGUCCAAAUACGUACACAGGAGAUGCAUUUGCAAGCAGAAUUUGGGUUUGCAGCUCAUUGGAGGUACAAGGAAGGUGACUGCAAAUACUCUUCGUUUGUGCUUCAGAUGGUUGAAUGGGCUCGGUGGGUCGUAACCUGGCAUUGCGAAGCAAUGAGCAAAGACCGAUCUUCCAUAAGUUCUUCUGAUUCCAUCAAACCCCCUUGCAAGUUUCCGUCUCACUCCGAGGACUGCCCGGCUUCUUACAAGCCUAACAGUAGCCAGGACGGACCAGUGUACGUCAUCGUAAUCGAAAAUGACAAGAUGUCUGUGCAAGAAUUUCCAGCGAGUUCUACAGUCUCGGAUCUGCUAAGCCGGGCGGGGCCAGGGAGCUCGAGGUGGUCCAUGUAUGGCAUACCAGCAAAGGAAGAACUAAGGCCAAGGCUGAACCAAAGACCUGUAAGUGACCUCAAGUGGAAGCUGAAGAUGGGUGAUGUGGUGGAGCUGACUCCAACAAUUCCUGACGAGUCUCUGACUGAAUACAGAGAAGAGAUUCAACGGAUGUAUGAUCGAGGACUCGCGUUUUCCCGCCCCGGAACCAUGGUCGGAUGGGGAAGUUGAUGGGUCCUCAUAUUGUUAACUAGUCCAUGUCUGUAUGUAUAUAUAGUAAUAUGAUUAAUUUGUUGUACAUAACAAUGCUUCCGUUGGUUCAAUCUAAGCUAAAAAAAAAAGCAAAAAGUUAGUAUUAGACUUUUUAUAAAUUUGCAAAAAUAAAGUAGUCGUUCUUUCA